AUGUCCUGCCAUGCUCAAACUGUUCAAUUUCAGUCCAUUGCUGACAAGUACGAAGCUGGAGCUCACACAUUCGCGGAACACCUGAAAAAUGUCUCCGAAAGAAUCACACAUUAUCAGAACUUCUUCAAGGAGUUCGUCAAAUACACGUCACGAGCUAAUCAGAGCAGUAAGAGUAUGCAGAAGGCUCUCGAACUGACAUUGGCUAUACCGCAACGAGUACAUGACUUAGUUUACACUAACAACAUUCUACAGUAUCCCGGCGACACCAAUAAACUUGGACGACUUAUCCGACAUGACUCGUUCGAGGUCGCCGAGGGAGAUGAACCCGAAAAGCAGCGCUAUGUCUUCCUUUUCAAAAACAAAUUGAUGAUCACUAAGAAAAAUGACUCCACAGAGCCAGCCACCUAUACUCAUUUGGCUACAAUCAGGCUUGAUAAAUAUACAGUAACUACCCAUAAACUUCAUGAAGACACCAUUCUUCUGAAACCGAACGAGCUAGGAUUACCAAGUUUCAGCUUGAAGCCAAAGGAUGCGACAAGAUCUGAAUACGUUCGAAAAGCCUGGGUAAAGGAUAUCACAGAGGAACAGGAGGCCUACGCUGCUGAACGUGAACAUGAGACGGAAACAUCGAUAUCCGAAUACGACAUGCAUCUCAGUGAUAUGCGUUCCGAAUUCAGCGAAUAUUCUGGGUCACGCAGAAGUAGUACCCAUGCUGCUGGUAUUCACUGA